AUGUCAUCAGAGCCCGACCGAGUCUGUUCUUUCUGGAACAUGGCGGAAGCAGCCGAAUCUCAGAGAGAAGAUGCUGCUCUUCCUUCGUCUUCUCUCUCUGCACCCGCUGAGCUUUCUGUUGUGGAAGUGGCCGCGGGGCAGGAGAAGGAGCUUGUGGAGGUUAAGGCGGAGGUGCAGCCUGUAGAGAUCAAAAGCAAAGAAGCUGCAGAAUUGGUCCUUGGAGAGCUGGAGGAAUCGACAUCACAGGCCUGUGCAGCCAAGAAAAUAAAAAUAGAGAUAAAGGAUAAAAAAGAGAAAAAGAACAAAGUAGAUGAAGAUGAAAUUCAAAAAAUGCAAAUAUUAGUUUCUUCUUUUUCUGAAGAACAACUGAAUCGUUAUGAGAUGUAUCGCCGAUCAGCUUUUCCUAAGGCUGCUAUUAAAAGGCUGAUUCAAUCAAUCACCGGAACCUCUGUUUCUCAGAAUGUGGUCAUUGCUAUGUCAGGAAUUUCCAAAGUCUUUGUUGGGGAAGUGGUAGAAGAAGCACUAGAUGUAUGUGAGAAGUGGGGAGAAUCACCACCUCUACAGCCAAAACACAUGCGGGAGGCAGUCAGACGUCUGAAGACACGAGGACAAAUCCCCAACUCAAAAUAUAAAAAAAUUCUCUUUCAUUGAAGAGGCAGUAGAAUGGUGAACUUUC